AUGAAUCUGAUAUUUUUUUCUAUUGUUUUAAUUAAUUUUUGUUCACAAUCUCACGAAAUUGUUUUUUUUUCUGUUCCAUAUUAUCAACAUUUUAACAGUCGAUCAAGUACAUAUGAAUAUCGAGGAAAAUUUUUUAGUCAUUUAAAAUAUUUAAUACGGAGAGUAACACUAGACUUUCCAGAAGUACCACGUAAAAGUAUAUUGUUAAAAAGGGAAUUAAUAACCUAUCAAAACAUAGUAAAUGAUACUCGUACAGAUCGCAGAUAUCUUCAAGUUCAUAUAAAUGGUAAAUACAAGUAUAUAAAACUUCCAUCGUAUCACUCUGUGAUAGAAUUUGACACGUAUCAUGGAAAAAAAAUUUUUUUUUGUAAUAGAAGUCCUUUUAAAACAUUUUAUGAAGCCAGAAAAAAUUGUGAACUUUUAGAACAAUUUAAUAGUUUAAGAACACAACAUAAACAUUUAGGAAUCGAUCCUCUUGCUUCUAAAAUUUGGAGACAUGUUUGGAAAGAUUGUUAUUAUAAAUGCUUUUCACAAAAUCACUUUAAAGAAUUAAAAAAAAAAAUUUUUACUGAAUUAUAUAUGUUAAAAACCUUUUUACAUCACUCUACAAUCAGAUACAAUAAAACAAUGGAAUCAAUUGCGCAACAUCAUGCAAUAUUGAAUGCUAGAAAAAACAAGCCUUUAGUAUAUGAUGAUGAAAAAAGUAUAGUACAUGAAGUUGCUACUUUUGCUAGUCCACCACUUGCUAGUGUACAAAUGAACAAAUGGUAUAAUUCAUAUAUAGAGGAAAAAACCGAUAGUUAUAAAGUAAGUAAAAAAGAAUCAAGUCAAUUCUUUUUAUUAUUUUCUUCACAUGUAAGAAGUGUUGGAAUUGGAGCUUAUUUAUACAGAACUAAAUUAUCUAUUGUAUUAACAUUUAUUUAG